AUGCUGGAAGGCAUUCUGUACGCUUUUGGUCUUAGUCCUGUCCCCACAGAAAUCGGAGCUCCUUUUGUGGCUGCCAUCCUCCGCUCUUUUGCCAGUCAGGAGACACCCUCGGUGGCCGUUCUGCAAGCUCUAAAUGAGGAGCUAACACAAGGCCUAUCCUCUGACCCCGCUGUUUCCGCCGGUCCACAGCCCUCGGGACACCAAACCUCCGAGACGGUAGCUGCCUCGGCGCUUAUUGAGCCACCAGCCCCCAGCCCUGCAGACUCAGUCAUACCCCGCCUCUCUGAUCAACCCGCACCCGAGCCGUCGCCAGUAGGGCAAGUGCCUUCGCUCCCUCCUACUAUGAAGCUGCGCCUUACGCGUAAGGGCAAGAGAACGGCCCCAGUCACCGCAACUUCUCCUCCACCUCCUCGCCGUCAACGCGUAGUGAGCAUCUCUUCCCCCACCAGGUCCUCGGACAUGAGCUCGACCCAGGAGACAAGCUUGGCCCGGGAGAAGGCCUCUGAUCUGGAGGUGGCAGACCUGCCAUUGGACCUGACCGCUCCGGUGCCAAUCCAGAGUAAGCUCCCUUCAGAGACCGACCCGGCCUACGUGCCCGCUGCCGACCUAUCGCCUAUCUUUGGUAGGGUCGACUUCUAUGGGGACUUGGCCAUCUCCUGGCAAUCAGCCAAUCGGCAGUUCUGGGAGAGCAGUUCCCCUUUGGAGGAGUUUGAUCAAAUUGCUCGCUCCCUGGAAGCGACCUGCUCCGCGAGUCUGAGCGCCGUGCAACGAGCGGCCGAGCUUCAACGAGAGAACGCGGUGCUCAAGGCACGUCUUCGGGAACUAGAGCCCCCUGCGGCUUCCUCAGCUCCUCCCGAGCCUUCUCUUGGAAGCUCGGAUGCUUAUCUGCGUGCCGCCGGGGAAUCUGCGGCCUCUGCUCGGGCCAUUUCCCAUGCCACCUUCGAUAAACUUCAACAGUUGGAGGCGGCUUUGAAGACAAGUGAGUCUUCCUUGGCUUCUGAAGCAGAUCGUCAUCAAGCGACAGUUUCUGAGCUGAAAGCCAAAGAGGCAGAGCUGCUCUCCCGAUCGGCGGAUUUGAGUUCGCUACAGCAAAGUCAGGAGCUCCUGCAAACGGGGUUAGCCGAUGCCCAGGCCCUGGCUAGUGCUGCCGCUAGCCGGGAAGCAACCAUGCGGACUCAGUGGGAAGCUUGCCAAGCCACUCUCCAAUCCUUGCGAGCGGAGUUAUCGAAGGCCCAGGAAGCAGUGUCUCAGGGCCAGAGCGAUUUAUCCGUGACCCGCACCGAGGUUGCCGAGAAUAAGAACAGUUUAGAAGCGUACCGAGUUGGCAAAUCAGAGCGGCUAAAGGCGUACAGACUGGCCUACGUCCGCUCUUCCUUCUUCCUCCAAAAGCUGGGACGCUGGAUGGUCUUGUUGCUCUGUCAUGGGGCCGCUGGUGGGGAAACUUUCCCUUCCUUCGAAGUUGAUGACGGACUUUUCCUCCUGGAGGCUCCUCAUCCUGCGGCCGAUCCAGCUCCUGGGGAUAUUUCUGCCCAGGCCCCUCCUGUUGCUGCUUCUGAAGUGUCAGCUGAUCCUGCGUCUUCCGACAUAGUGUCAGCCGACCCCAGGCUCCUUCCGUUGGCUUCCCGUGACCCUGCCCCCUCUUCUUCGGAUGUUGUGUAG